CUGGUCAACUGGAAUGCUGUUGACGGAAACAAGAAGCUGGUCGCCAUCUAUGACACCAGCGUCAAUGAACCGGGCAACAUGUCUUUUGUGAAGGAGACGGUGGAUAAACUACUGAAGGGAUAUGACAUCCGACUCAGACCAGACUUUGGAGGACUACACACUGACCAUGUACUUCCAGCAGUACUGGAGGGACAAACGUCUCGCCUACAUAGGAAUCCCCCUAAACUUAACUCUGGACAAUAGGGUCGCCGACCAGCUUUGGGUCCCCGACACCUACUUCCUCAACGACAAGAAGUCUUUUGUUCACGGAGUCACUGUCAAAAACCGCAUGAUUCGCCUGCACCCUGAUGGAACCGUCCUCUACGGGCUCAGGAUAACUACCACAGCUGCUUGCAUGAUGGACCUAAGGCGGUAUCCUCUGGAUGAACAGAACUGCACUCUGGAGAUAGAAAGCUACGGCUACACCACAGACGACAUCGAGUUCUACUGGAAAGGAGGCGAGGCUGCCGUGACGGGGGUGACGCGCAUCGAGCUGCCGCAGUUCUCCAUUGUCGAUUACAAACUGGUUUCCAAAAACGUAGUCUUUUCCACAGGUGCCUAUCCUCGACUGUCUCUAAGCUUUAAGCUGAAGAGGAACAUUGGCUACUUCAUCUUGCAGACGUACAUGCCAUCGAUCCUGAUUACCAUCCUCUCCUGGGUAUCCUUCUGGAUAAACUACGAUGCGUCGGCAGCCAGAGUGGCUCUGGGGAUCACCACUGUGCUGACCAUGACCACCAUCAACACCCACUUGAGAGAGACGCUACCUAAGAUCCCAUACGUCAAGGCCAUCGACAUGUACCUGAUGGGCUGCUUUGUCAUGGUCUUCCUGGCCCUUCUCGAGUACGCCUUCGUCAACUACAUCUUCUUCGGAAGGGGCCCUCAGAUGCAAAAGAAGUUGGCAGAGAAGGCCGAGAAGGCCAACAACGAGAGAGCAGCCAAGUACGACGCAGCAAGGGCGGAGCCCCACGGUCAUGGGAACAUCCUGCUGACCACCCUGGAGAUCCACAACGAAGUGGCAGGAGGUGAGAUCACCACCAGCGUGGCAGACAUUAGGAACUCUCAGUCCAUGGUCCAGCUGGACAGCACGGCCUCGUCGCACAUCCAGUACCGCAAGCAGAGUGGCGGUGUAGGGCCGCGCUCUGCCAGCCGCCACUCCUUGGACCGGUCCGCUCAGAUGAAACGCAGCCGCCUACGGAGGCGGUCCUCGCAGCUUAAAAUCAAAAUCCCCGACCUAACGGAUGUGAACGCCAUCGACCGCUGGUCGCGUAUCAUCUUCCCCUCUGUUUUUUCCUUGUUCAACCUCAUCUACUGGCUUUACUAUGUCUGACUGACCCAUUUUGAUGUUUUUUCUUUGUUUGACUCGGGUUUUAUUUCACUUAUUUGCUCUUUUUGUCUUUAUACACGUCGGACACUGUAGAGUCAAAGACUGCAACGAUGCAAGUGAAUCAAACAAACAAAAAAACAGGCUCAGAUAAGACUUUGAAGUCUUGGACCAAGUUCUCAUCUUAAUUGUUUUUUUUAUAUUUGCGGUCUUUGAAUCUUAGAAUAAGGUACUUUUUUAUUUUUAAAACUAUGUAUUGUAAUUUGGAAGUGUGACGUCAAAUACUAACUUUUCUCUCGCGAUAAUGUGUGAAUAGUAAAGUAUAAAGCCAGCAAGUUAUAAAAUAAUGGUAUUUUUAAAAAGGGGGGAAAUAUACACAAAAAACAGCUAAGGUAAAUGAGUUUUUUUAUUCAAAAGAAAAAAGAAUAGAAAACUUUCUACGACUCAGUUGGUCGGGUGCAGGCAAUAUUUAAGAAUUCAUUAAACUGUGUUAUGCUAUGCACUACUAAUGCAUGUGGUGAUCGGCCGUAGUUUUCCUUGGGUUAUGGCACAAUUGUUACAAAAAAAAAAAAACCGAUGUGUACGUGUUUAUAGUGAAAAUAUACUUUUUACGUACUGCACUCUACCAUGGAUUGAUUACCCAGACUCAAUAGUUGAAAACCGAGACUCUUCCCUUCCUUCAGGAUGAUUUUUGACUCAGGUUUUCAAUUUUUUG